GUCGCGUGACACCUUGUCCGAUGGGCUUUACUUAUGUAAUACUUGGGAACAUAAAAAGAAUGUGUAUUUAAUACACCAUCGACAGUUGCGUUCCGAUCGUCGUGCUUACUACAUUGUGCGCACGAUUCUUAUAUCACACAGUAACACGAUAAUGUUUCCGAUUUUAAUUGCGGUGUUUGUGCUCCUUAUCACUGGUUAUAUCGUCCGAUCCGUCACUAAGCCGAAGAAAUUCCCACCAGGUCCAAAAUGGUAUCCACUGCUCGGAUGCAGUACAAUAGUACAGAAAUAUACAAAAGUAUACGGAUCCCAAUGGAAGGGUCUAUCACAGUUGGCCAAGGAGUAUUCUACACAAGUUCUCGGCAUAAAGCUGGGCUUAGAGCCAAUAGUGGUCGUUUUUGGAGAGAACAAUAUAAGGAGAGUUUUCAUGGAGAGAGAGUUUGAAGGACGGCCGAACAGUUUUUUUAUUCGGUUAAGAUGCCUUGGCAAAAGAAUGGGCAUCACAUUUGCUGAUGGGGAGCUAUGGAAGGAACACAGGCAGUUCACAGUGAAACACUUAAAAAACGUGGGCUUCGGCAAAACGGCGAUGGAAGCGGAGAUAAAGAAAGAGUUACAGAGUAUACUGGAUUAUAUAAAUAGACACAAAAGUAAACCUAUCAACCCCAAGACGAUAUUGGCUAUGUCAGUUAUGAAUAUACUAUGGAAGUUUACCGCAGGCGAGCGAAUAAAGGAAGAUCGUUUGAACUUUCUACUGGAUCUAUUGAGCGCUCGAUCGAGGGCAUUCUCGAUGGCCGGCGGCUGGUUGAACCAGUGGCCGUGGAUCAGAUUCCUUCUGCCGGAACUAAGCGGGUUUACGCUUAUAAAGGAAAUGAAUAAGCAAAUUUCAGAUAUUAUUGAGGAAACAAUAGCGAGGCACAAAAAUAAAACAAUAAACGGAGACGACUUCAUGUACAGCUUUUUGGACGAGAUGAAUGGGAAAACCAAAGAGAGCUUUACGGAAGAACAGUUGAAGAUCAUCUGCCUCGAUAUCCUUAUAGCUGGAUCUCAAACAACUAGCAAUGUGCUAGAAUUUGCUAUUUUAACAGUGUUAAGAAAUAAAGUUAUACAGGAAAAGAUUUUUGAAGAAAUAACCAACGUACUGGGUUAUGAAACACCUUCUUGGGCAGACAGUUCUAGGUUAAUCUACACAAACGCGUUUCUUCUAGAAGUACAAAGAUACUUCACAAUAGUGCCCCUCGCUGGACCGAGAAGGGUCCUAGAAGAUGUCAACAUGGAUGGCUAUAUAAUACCCAAAGACACAACCAUCCUUAUCGCAGUUGGAGACGUGCAUUUUGACCCGGAUAUUUGGGAGGACCCGGACAAGUUCAUCCCGGAAAGGUUUAUAGACGAACAUGGGAAUAUAAAGAAUACUGAGCAUAUGUAUCCGUUUGGAAUCGGUCGCAGGCGAUGCCCUGGUGACUCCCUAGCGAAGUCGUUUAUAUUCAUAGUAUUUGUGGGGAUCAUGCAGGCGUAUCGCAUAGAGUGCAGCAAUGGCGUGCUGCCCUCCGAAGAGCCUCUAAUCGGCUUAAUAUCCAGCGCAAGGCCGUACACAGCUGAAUUUCUGGCGAGACAAUAGAUAUGGUGUGGUGGACUCUUGUACUAGUUUAAUUGUAGACCAAUUAAAUAUA